CAUUUCCUGCCCCUGCAGCUCCAGGAACAAUGGCAGAGCCGUUCCUCGUGGAGAGCCCCGAUGUCACCUACAGCCAGGACUUCAUCGAGGCCAAGUACACCUACAGCACCGCGCACGUCUGCAGGGAGAACGGCGUCACCAAGGUGCGGCCGUGCUCCACCCGCUUCACGUUCCGCACGGGCCGGCAGGUGCCGCGCCUGGGGGUGAUGCUGGUGGGCUGGGGGGGCAACAACGGCACCACGGUGACAGCGGCCGUGCUGGCCAACAGGCUGGGGCUGUCCUGGAUGACCAAGACCGGCCGCAAGACAGCCAACUACUACGGCUCCCUGCUCCAAGCCUCCACCGUCUGCCUGGGCACCGGCCCCUCCGGUGACGUCUACGUGCCCUUCCGGGACCUGCUGCCCAUGGUGCACCCCAACGACAUCGUCUUCGACGGCUGGGACAUCUCCUCGCUGAACCUGGCGGAGGCCAUGAGGCGCGCGGAGGUGCUGGAGUGGCCGCUGCAGGAGCAGCUCUGGCCGCACAUGGAGAAGAUGAAGCCCCGACCUUCCAUCUACAUCCCCCAAUUCAUCGCCGCCAACCAGGAGGAGCGGGCGGACAACGUCCUGAGCGGCUCCAUGGCCGAGCAGGUGGAGCAGAUCCGCAGGGACAUCCGAGACUUCAAGGAGAGCAGCGGGGUGGACAAAGUCAUCGUCCUGUGGACGGCCAACACGGAGAGAUUCUGCGACAUCGUGCCGGGGCUGAACGACACCGCCGACAACCUUCUGCGCGCCAUCGAGCGAGGCCUGGAGGUGUCCCCGUCCACGCUCUUCGCCGUGGCCAGCGUGCUGGAGGGCUGCGCCUACAUCAACGGCUCCCCCCAGAACACCUUCGUGCCGGGCGCGGUGGAAUUGGCCGCCCAGCGCCGCGUCUUCAUCGGCGGCGACGACUUCAAGUCGGGGCAGACCAAGCUGAAGUCGGUGCUGGUGGAUUUCCUGGUGGGCGCCGGCCUGAAGACCAAGUCCAUCGUGAGCUACAACCACCUGGGCAACAACGACGGGAAGAACCUGUCGGCGCCGCAGCAGUUCCGCUCCAAGGAGAUCUCCAAGAGCAACGUGGUGGAUGACACGGUGCAGGCCAACCCCGUCCUCUACGGCCCCCAGGACAAACCUGACCACUGCGUGGUGAUCAAGUACGUGCCCUACGUGGGGGACAGCAAGCGGGCGCUGGACGAGUACACGUCCGAGAUCAUGAUGGGCGGCACCAACACCAUCGUCAUCCACAACACCUGCGAGGACUCGCUGCUGGCCAGCCCCAUCAUCCUGGACCUGGCCAUCCUGACGGAGCUGUGCCAGCGCAUCACCUUCUGCACCGAGGCCGACCCCGAGUUCCAGGGCUUCCACAGCGUCCUCUCCAUCCUCGCCUUCCUCUGCAAGGCCCCGCUGGUGCCCGAGGGCACCCCCGUGGUCAACGCGCUCUUCCGCCAGCGCAGCUGCAUCGAGAACAUCCUGAGGGCCUGCCUGGGGCUGCCCCCCCAGACCCACAUGCUGCUGGAGCACAAGAUGCAGCGCCCGGCGCCCACCCCGGGCCGGGCCUGUCCCGGGGGUCCCGCCUGCCCCCUGCACCCCAAGAAGAGCCCGGCAGCGCCCGCCCAGCUCAACGGGCACCCCUGUGCCCCCCGCGCCCCCCGCGCCCCCCUGCACAUCGACGGCACCGACUGACCCCCUGCCAGCCUCCGGGGGGUGGGGGGCACCGGGGUGGCUUUGGGGGGUCCUUCCCCGUUUGGGGGGUCGUUCCCCAUUUGGGGGGUCGUUCCCCAUUUGGGGGUCGUUCUCCCCCACCCCAAUCGCUGACGGCGACUCCAAACUGUGAAUGAAGCUUCGUACCCACCAAUAAACCCGAGCGCAGCGUCA